UCGAUUAAUUACGCAAUCAGCAAAAUUCUAUACACCUGAUUAGUUUCGUCAGUUUUAAUUUUACCUAUUCCUUAAUUCGCUCGCGAUUCCGUUAUAAUCCUGUAAACUAAAAAAACAUCAAAAGAAACAAACACGUGAGGCAACAAGGCGGAAAUAAUAUCGGUGACACAUACCUACUAGAAUGAGUAAUCUUUAAUUAUUUCGUACAGACGUGCACGAUGUUACACGUAUACGUAUACGUAUACACCUUGUACACGGCUGAUAACUUAUCGUCGCGUUAUUUUCCUUAUCGUUCCGUGACUAAACUAUGCGGUCCCCCCGAAAAACUUUUGUGAUUGAGAAAGGAUCAUGAGGUGUGCACAUCACGUUAUACGAAUGCUCUGCGGUGUAUCUUAUACCUGUGUUACAACCGUGCGGUUUAGCGAGUGAGUUACAGUGAGUUGUUACAGUGACAUGCUGGCCAGUGUUGCACCAGCCGUAAUUAAGUUAACACCAAUUCCGAUGUGAGAAAUUCAGGUAAUCGACAUGUUAUACAAGAAAAUCAGACUCGUGGGUAUGGAGGCCAUCGUCGAAUACAACUACGAGGCACAGGAGUCUGAUGAAUUGACUAUCCGCAAAGGGGACGUCAUAAAAGAUAUCAGGGUUAUGCCCGGUGGAUGGUGGGAAGGAACGCUUAGAGACAAGCGUGGCAUGUUCCCGGACAAUUUUGUCAAGGUACUAGAAUCGGCGGCUGGUGUGGAAAUGACUUCUUCGGUGAAAAACGAGGAAGUGGUCUUGCGCAACGGGGGUUCGGGCCAGGGGAGGAGAUGGUGCAAGGUUCAGUUCAGUUAUGAGCCGUGCAAUGAGGACGAACUGGCUCUGACGCCCCAAGAAUCGUUGGAAUUUCUGGGUGAAGUUGAGGAGGGCUGGUGGAGGGGCAGGCUGAGAGGAAGGAUUGGCGUUUUUCCAUCCAACUUCGUGUCCCCUCCGACCUAUGAGGAGCCUGAGAAAGACAAGUACAAACGAGAACUCUGCAGAGUCUUGUAUCCUUACGAGGCUCUGAACGAGGAUGAGCUGACUCUAGUCGAAGGAGAAGUGCUCACAAUUCUCUCCAAGGAUGCACCUGAUAAAGGUUGGUGGAAGGGAGAGCUUCGGGGUCGCGUUGGCCUUUUUCCUGAUAACUUUGUCGAAGUCCUGGGCCCCAAAGGCGAACAACAUGAACAGCACGACCAGCCGCUUUACACCUCCGGAAAAUCCAGCAUAAGGCACUCGGUGACAACGAAAAGAACGGAAAAAGCGCACGCCAGACGAAGCUUGGACACACACAACAUUGCUCAAUCAGAAACAACAAGAAAGUCUUCGGUUUCCACAUCUUCGUCUUCUUCGUCGACAUCAGGCAUGGUCGCAAUGAGCGGAGACAAAAAACCCAAUGGCAGUCAGCUGCUGAUGACAAGUCUGAAGAGGCUCGUUGGUGGCGGUGGAAACAGUAAUGGCAACAGCAGCAAUGGCAGCAGUGGAACGAGCAACUUACCUGCUGGCUCCGUUAGCAUAGACGACGAGUUGGACGGCGUGCAGAGAGGAGAGGGACUCCCGCUAUCUCAUCCAACAGCGUCGAGGGCUAGAUUGCCAAGGCGGCGAUUGCCCUCCUCCCAACAUCUCCGUCAUCAGAACACUGUCAACAGCAGUACAACGACAACAACAACAAUUCACACGGAAUCUAAUCUAGCUAAUGGAAGUGCCGUUACUCCUUUGGAACGUUUGCGCGACGAGGACGUCGACAGCGAGAGUAGAACUGCAAAGGGUAGACGAAUAGCGCCAUGGGUGGAGGAGCUCAAACUGAACCAGAUGGAGAGGAGAAAGACUAGCCCUGUAGAAAAACCCGACAAACCAGAGACUAAAAAACCCAGAAGCAGUGACACCAAAGCAACCGUUAUUGGAGAGUCUAAUUUUAAAAUUGAAAUGGAAGGCGAUCAGCAACGAAAAGCUGAAGAGAGUGGCCGAGGAAAAGAUACGGAAAGGGCAAUGACGAUGGAAGGUGCAGAACAACCUCCUCCGUUUGUCCCGUAUCCCAUGUACUGCCAACUUCUGGAGAGGGUUGCGAUGCUGGAAGAGAAGCAAACGAUGCUACAACAGACAAUUGACCAACUAACCGAGCAACUUGUGCCACUACUGCAGUCUAAUGUUUCAACGAACAACAAACUGUAAUUGUUAUUAUCUAUUUUCACCACUACUAUUGUUCAAUAAUCGACUAAUCACUCCCCCCUUUUCCUCCCUCAUUUUACACUUGUUAUGAUACCCAGAUUUGAUUUUAUAUUGCGUAUUAUUUAUUCAUAUAUAAUGUUUGACCAUAUAGUUAUAUUAUUCAAUGUACUGCCGUUGUCCUCUCUUUAAGGUGGGAACCUUUUUUGGACACGUUUCAAACAUUCCUUUUUUUAAUCCUCGGUCUUUUUGUACUUACUUGCAAUGUUUGAACUAUGACUUUCUUUCGUUGGGUUAAACUGUCCUCGUCACGACAGCUAAAUUCCAGCCUUAGUUCCAGCGGGCAGACUGUUGUUUUAUUAUUAUUAUUAUUAUUAAUAUUAUUAUUGUAGAAUUUUAUUACCUUUUAAUUAUUAAUGCAUUUAAUUAUUACCAAGGUAUUACAUGAUUUCGUACCCCUAUAUUUUUUUUAUUUGUUUUAUCGUUUCGAAUGACGACGCGUGCAUGUCAAACGAAUAUAUAUCGUAGAGUAUAUAGCUAUAUACACAUAUAUAUUUAUAUUCGAGUACUUAAAUCACUGGAUCCGUUUGUUGUUCUCGCGGGACAGCUUCCAUUAAUUAUUAACGCAAAUGAAUCAUGCGCAGCAAAGUUUUUAAAUCAAAGAAACGAAAAAAUUUACAGUAUCAGUAGCAAGAUGCUGGAACGUUUGAAUAAUAAUUAUCACGAAUCGAAUGGAGAUGAGGAUAAUGAGGAUUGAAGUAUUAAUUGUUAUAAACAAUACUUUCAAAGAAAUAUUACACACAUCAUGCGUGUAUUGUAAGUAUUAUAAGCUUUAAGAUACAAAGCGUAUAUAAAUUAUUUUGUAUUUUAUUUAGACUUAAUUUGGCAUACGCAUACAUACCUAAUAUUAAUUUUCGUGUGGUUGUGCGGCUAAAAUUAUCAUUCCAAGUUUUUUAUUAGAAUUUAGUCAGUACCCUUAUUCCGAAAAAAUAGUUACAACUUCACCCUAAACAAAAAAACCGGACCUCAAAACUUGGAACAUUCCGUUCAUUUUACUCCAUAAAGGUGCUAAUAACUAAUAGGUACUAACUUGUAGAACUAAAACAAAAAGUUUGUCCGAAUUCUAUUCUUUUUUAUCGUUUUAAUUCCCCUCUUUAAAAUCAAACUAUCGUCUCGCAAGGCCGAGUGUGUCGAAUAUUAAUUUCUAUCUCCGCGUCAAAAUCAACUCAGGCUUCUCCUUUUUUUUUUUUUUACUCUAUAUCUAACCAACGGCUGCAUAAAAUUUCUGGAAAACGUUGAUAAUGCCCAGAGAAGCCGAAGUUGGAAAAAUCAAUUACGCAUUUGGAAAUUGAGCUCUUAGCAUAAUAACAAUAAAGUGGGAUGUUUAUGAAUACAGGAUUCAUUGAAAACAUUCGUGUACAUGUUUUAACCUACGUAUUAUUGGUAUAUCCGUGGAAGUAAAUUUGUUGCAUACAAAAUGUUAGUGGUUUUUGAUCUUUUGAUAUGAAUCUUUGAUCGUGAGUCUGUAUAUUGAAUAUUAUACGUAAAUUAUAAAAUAUACUUAUUAUGAUGAUUGGAGCUAUGACGCAAUACAGUGCAUUUCAUAGCGAAGAUCCAGUCUAAUUACAACGCUCUAAAACGAAACAUUUCAGAGUAAAUAAUUUUCACUAUUUAUACAAACACCAUUAUUAUUAUUAUAUAUGUAUAUAUAUACAUACAUCUAUUGCAGAGAUUUUCGAUUUUCCUUUUACUGCCUUGACGUGUCCAUUUAUUAUAACAAACGGUAUAUACCCUGUAUAAAUAAUUGAAUCUGUUAUGAAAAUAAAACAAUGAAAUGAAAAGUGUGAAGAAAAAGAGAAACCACAAAAAAUCAACACACCUUUUAAUUAAAUUGAAUAAAAUUCAUGAUAAAAAGAAAAAAAUACAAAAAACGGUAACAUAUUGAUUAAUACAGUAGGUAAAUAUUGUAAAUAGAAAUUACUUACAUUUAUAUAUAAUAUAUACCAUGUUCUUGUGCUUUGCACUAACAAGUGAAAAAGAAGAAAAAAAAAAUAAAUAAAUUCAAAUUCGAAGAGACAGCAAAUAAGCAGGAUAAUUCUUGCUUCACGAAUCGUGAAUCGUGAUGCCUACGGUGAAAUGUAAAUAAUACAUUAUUUGAGUAAACGUAUUACUAUCAUCUGUGUCUUAAACUA